UGAUCAGCUGACUGCAGCAUUCUCACAUGAUUCCAUCCGUCUACGGUUGUUGGAAUUCUCACUGACUGCGACUUGAUUGUCUUCUAUGGGAGAGAGUCUGCUUGAAGUGACUACACUUCAGGAGAGGUGUCAUAGAGGUGACAUAGCGUCUUGUGGAAGAUGCCUACCAAUAAGUCUGUGUCGAAAGCGCCGAUCACCCAGUUCGUCAACUGCAGGAUACUAAGAGAUCACAAGCUGCAGAGAGAGGAUCUGUGGGUGCGGGAAGGGAGGAUCCUAGACCCAGAGAAGUUGUUCUUUGAUGAGGAAGGCUAUGCAGAUCAACGUGUUGACUGUGAAGGCCUCAUCAUCGCUCCUGGGUUCAUUGACGUUCAGAUCAAUGGAGGAUAUGGCAUCGACUUCUCGCAAGCAACCAGUAAUGUCAGAGGAGGUGUGGCCCUAGUAGCCAAGAAAAUCUUGGAGCAUGGUGUCACCUCUUUUUUACCCACCCUAGUCACCUCCCCUCCAAACAUCUACCACAAGGUCUUGGCUGAGGUUAAAGUUCAUAGUGGAGGAGUGGAGGGAGCUGGAGUUCUGGGCUGUCAUCUAGAAGGUCCAUUCAUCAGUUUAGAGAAGAAGGGAGCCCAUCCGGAGCAGUACCUGCGCUCCUUCCAGUCGGGCGGCAUGUUGGACCUGAUUGAGACCUACGGGACCCUGGAUAAUGUUGCCAUGGUGACGUUGGCCCCCGAGCUACCCAACAGUGAGACGGUGAUUAGAGAGCUGGCUCAGAGGGGCAUCACUGUUUCUCUAGGACACUCUGUAGCCAACCUGUCCCAAGCUGAGGAGGCUGUGCAGAACGGUGCUUCAUUCAUCACACAUCUCUUCAAUGCUAUGCUGCCUUUCCACCAUCGAGACCCGGGCAUCGUGGGUCUCCUCACCAGCGACCAGGUUCCCCAGGACCGGACGGUCUUCUACGGAAUGAUUGCCGAUGGCAUCCACACCAACUCUGCCGCCCUGCGUAUUGCCCACAGAGCACACCCUACAGGUCUAGUGUUGGUGACUGAUGCCAUCACAGCGAUGGGUCUACCUCCGGGCCGCCACACCUUGGGUCAGCAAGUCAUUGAGAUCCAGGGGCUCCAUGCUUAUGUAGCAGGCACCAAGACGCUCAGUGGCAGUAUAGCCACAAUGGACAUGUGUGUCAGGCACUUCAAACAGGCUUCAGGCUGCAGUGUGGAGGAAGCCCUGGAGGCAGCGUCGCUACACCCGGCCCAGCUCCUGGGCAUCAGCCAUUGUAAAGGCACCCUGGACUAUGGGGCAGACGCAGAUCUCGUUCUGCUGGAUGAUGCUCUCAAUGUCAGAGCCACCUACAUCGCAGGCCAGGAAGUGUGGAGGAAAUGACCUCAAAAUAAUCAGUCCCCCACCACUGCCCAACCCACGUGAACCAAAUGUGCAUGCCCCAAAUGGCAUCCUAUUCCCUAAAGAAGUGCACUAUGUAGGGAAUAGGGUGCUAUUUGAGCUGCACACUGGUAAAAUGGAGCCACUUGUAAAAUGCUACAGUAUAGAAUGCAAUAGUUUUGUGCUACAUUUUUAUUGACAUUUUGCAUUAAGACACCUAAACACAACAUAUACUGCAGUGAGAUUAUUUUAAUAAUCUGUUGUUUGAAACAUGGGAACAUAGCACUGGGGUAACGCAGUUUCUCUGGACCCCCGCAAGGUUGGAUCCCUCCCUAAAACAAAAUCUUAAGUGUCAGCCAGACAGCCACUCAUAAAGUAUAGACUACCGAUUGUUGUCCAUUGUGCUGAAAUUGUGACAUAUCAAUGCAGCUGCAUGCAUAUCGAAUCGAUGAUAGGAUUUCUGUGGUGGAAGGGCAUGUAAAGCUUUGCAUUAGCUAAUGGAUCAGUGUUUAUUGGUAGGCCUAUUUGGUUAUAAUUUUCUCAUGUUAAGCCAAACAUUUCACAAAGCUAUACACGGUGUCACAAUGCUGACAUUUUUGGACUGCUGGCUGAUGGCAAUAAUGUAAUUACUUAAGUAAUUAAAGUUGUAAAUUCAGACAUUGCAGAGUGUAAAAUGUAUUUGCGAUGCAACAGCAUACUAAUCAGCUACCAAUUGAUUUUUUUGAAUAUAUUGUACAUCUGUCCAGUAUAGGCUACCGGAACCUGCAGGACAUGAGCUGUUCUCGAUCUCUCCCAGCUUGGAUAGAAAGUUGUUAUGCAUAAAACCAGUUAAAGGGAUAAUCCACCCCAAUAAAUAAAAUCAUAAAACUCCUGUCAA